UUCAUCUGAAAUUUAAUGCUACAUUCAUAAUUUCAUUACAUGGUAGUCAAGCGUUUAUCAACUUUACGUCUGCAUAUUACAUGAUAACAGACAAAUAUUAGACCGUUGCAGUACCAUAUGUUGACAGUGCAAAGCAUUAAUUCAGUUCACUUUAAUUUACAUGUUUUUGCACACUUUAACUUCCCUUUUUACAAAACUGACAAAUUAUACAAAAACGUGUUUUUUUUUUUUAUUAUUAUUAUUUUCUAGCUCUUUGGCAAGCUAAAUGUAUUAAAAGGUCUACAAAAUAUCUUUUAGAGGCAUGAAUUUCGAGGGGUUAGAGCCAGGUCAUAAUUACAUAUAAAUAAAAAUACUUUUCACCGUCUGUCCAUAACCCUUUGAAUGUUAUUUAUCAGAACAACCCCUGUCUGCCAUGAUCUUUUACCUGAUGAACUGAAAACAUUGAUUUUGUGUGGUGAAAAGGAUUGUUCUCCUACGUUAUUUUUUAGUUAUCUUCCUUUUAUCAAAUAUGAUUUUGGUUUUGCAGUUUUAAACACUAUCCGCAUACUAUAGACAUGGUAGUGCCGGAAGUAUGGAUGACGCCAACACCUUUUAAAGAGUCGAGAAUAUGGAGAUUUUUAAGCUGUGCCGUCUUACUUCUGAUGUCCCUCUGCAGCAAACUUAUCUUCGGUCUUAAUAAACCUUGUGUGUACCGCAGAGAAGCUCUUUAUAGAUGUGUUGCCAAGCGACCAAAACGAAAGCCUCUGAUAACUGUUAGCAAUCAUUACAGCAUGAUAGAUGAUUUUCUCCUGCCAUAUAUGUUACCAUGGGAACAGAUAAGAAAUCGGCCAUCAACACGUUGGGUUCCAGGAGCUAAGGACGUUUCUUGUCGUACCAAACAAACUGCAUUGUUCUUUCAAUUAGGUCGAGUGAUUCCGGUUGUGCGGGGUGAUGGCGUGUAUCAACACGGAAUGGACUUCUGUAUCAGUAGGCUAAACAACGGGGACUGGGUGCACAUGUACCCGGAGGGAAUAGUGAACACUUCAAAGGAUUUCAUGAGACUUAAAUGGGGCAAGUUAAUAUUUUGUGAAAUAAAAAUUCUCAUAAAUCUUUUGUUUUCAAUCAAUUAA